AUGGAGAUACCAGCUGGUUUGAAAGGGCUGCUGCAGGGAUACACAGUGGAGGUGCUUCGCCGCAGGCCGGCAAACUUGGUUGAAUUUGCGGUGCAGCAUUUUACACGAAUUCUGGAGGGCCAGGGAAACGAUCAAAAAGCCAAGAAACGCAGCGCAAAACCUGCACAGAAAGGAGUGACCUUUCAAACAAAGUCAAAUAAGCCCAAAAAAGAUGAAGAGGAGGAAGACACUAUCAAGUCCACCACCUCUAAAUACAAGCGCAGAGUUUCAGUUUGUGCAGAGGCGUAUAACCCCGAUGACGAUGAGGACGAUGAUGCAGAUCCUCGGGUUGUCCAUCCCAAAACGGACGAGCAGCGGCGCAGACUUCAGGAUGCCUGCAAAGACAUUCUAUUGUUUAAAACACUGGAGCAGGAGCAGUUCUCUGAGGUUUUGGACGGCAUGUUCGAGGUGUUGGUCAAACCUCAGGAACACAUCAUAGACCAAGGAGACGAUGGAGACAAUUUCUACAUCAUAGAGAAGGGCGUGUAUGAUAUCUUUGUGCAGAAGGACGGAGUGAGCGUGUGCGUGGGAAAGUAUGACAAUAAAGGCAGUUUUGGUGAGCUGGCUCUCAUGUACAACACGCCACGAGCUGCCACUAUCGCUGCAACACAGGAAGGCGCCCUGUGGGGCCUGGAUCGGGCCACAUUUCACAGACUGAUCGUUAAAAAUAAUGCAAAGAAGAGGAGGACUUAUGAGGCCUUCAUCGAGUGUGUUCCUCUUCUGAACUCUCUUGAGCUCUCCGAGAGGAUGAAGAUUGUCGAUGUUUUGGGAGCCCGAGUGUUCAAAGAUGGAGAGUGCUUAUUAAAACAGGGGGACGAGGCUGACUGUUUCUACAUUGUGGAAUCAGGAGAGGUGAAGAUAAUGAUAAAAAGCAAAACGAAGGCAGGCCAGCAGGAUAACACAGAGGUCGAGGUGGCUCGCUGCUCUAAAGGGCAGUAUUUUGGGGAGCUGGCACUGGUCACCAACAAACCUCGUGCAGCAUCAGUUUACGCUGUGGGACAAACCAAAUGUUUAGUAAUUGACAUCCAGGUUUUUGAGCGUUUGCUGGGACCCUGUAUGGACAUCAUGAAGAGGAACAUUUCCCAGUAUGAAGAACAGCUGGUGGCACUUUUUGGCUCAAGUGUAGAUUUGAAACACUAGGACAUAUGUUAAAAUAAAGUAGCAUGUAAGUACUUAGUGAACUCCCCCUUGAAGUUAAUGUAACAUACAGCCUUCUGUUUAUAUUCAGUAAUAUGUCUUGUACUCCUAGAACAUUGCAAACAUGUUUUUUUAAAGUAUAUCAGAAGUAAUGCAGCAAAACCAGUCUGUCAAUUAUGUCUUCCUUAUUAAAAUGACAGUCAUGGAUUCAUAAAAUAAGCUACUGAGCCAUCAAAAUCAAAUACAUUGAAACAAAACGAAAUAUAUACAUGUUUUCGUAUAUCAAUUGAUAAGCAACUGGGGUACAAUUGAAUUGCCACUUAAUAUCCAAAUUGUAUUCAAAUGUUUUAUAAUUGUUUUUCACAACAUUUGUUUAUUUGCCAUUAUUGUGCUGUCAAUCCCUUCUUGAUUUUAUAAUAUAAAAAAAGUGCAUUUUACAUUUGAACUCAGCAAACUAUUAACCCCUUCUGUUUCCCUAAACCUUUGUUGUAUGGUAUUUAAUGUAG